UCGGCGGCGAGCACGUCGACUACCCGCUCGGCGAGCCCGUCUCCCGGGACUUCGACCUCAUCGUCACCCGCUUCUACCACAGCGACCUCCACGGGCUCGAGCUCUACGCCUACGUCUGUGUCUGGCUCGUGGAAGAUCCAGCAGACCUACCAAGGGGGCUCGUUCUUCGACGGGUGGACGUUCACGAGUUCCGACGACACCACCACGCACGGUACUGCCACUUAUGUUGACCAGCCACCGCAGUAUGUUCCUUCAUUCUCAGCCAUUUCAUUCUUUGAUUUGAUGACCCGCGCAGCAAUCAGCAACUUAAUCGAAAUUAACUCGGACGGAAACGCUAUCAUCCGAGUAGACACCACACCUACCGUGCCCGGGAACCGUCAGUCCAUCAAGAUCACCAGUACGCUCGUUCUCAACGGCGGGUUGAUCAUCCUCGACGCCGUGCACAUGCCCACUGGCUGUGCCACAUGGCCGGCUUUCUGGAGCUUUGGCCCCAAUUGGCCGGUCGGCGGCGAGAUUGACAUCGUGGAAGGAGUGAACAACUACACGAACAACCAGUACACUCUGCACACGAACCCCGGUUGCACGCUGCCUUCUUCCGACACUGGUGUGUUGGGUAUCACUGGUACCUUGGUGGAUGGUACGGACUGUGCAGCAGCCACGACCGGGAACGCUGGCUGUGGGAUUCGAGACAGUCGGACGAACUCUUUCGGGGCUCCGUUCAACAGCAAUGGUGGAGGUGUUUUUGUCACAUCGUGGACCGAUGAGGGCGUUUCCUCGUGGUUCUUCCCUCGGAACGCUAUCCCAAGCGACAUCAGUAGCGGCUCCCCAAACCCGACCGGCUGGGGAGAGCCGGCCGCCUCGUUCCCGGCGUCGACCUGCACACCCGGCACAUUCCUCUUCAACCACAACCUUGUGUUUGACACUACUCUCUGUGGUGACUGGGCGGCCGCGGUGUGGGGUGCGACUGGUGUCCCCGGCCAAGAUCAAAGCUGUGCGGCGAUCACUGGAGUCGCGGAUUGUCCGACAUUCGUUCACCAGAAUGGCGCCUCGUUCAGUGAAGCCUCGUCAUCUGCAGACUGGGAAGUCAAGUCAGUCAAGAUCUACCAGACAUCAUAA